CUAAUUACCAUGGGGAGUACACCCAAAGCAGUACUCUUCCAGUUGCUCAUCCUCAGCCUCACGGUCUCUUGGGGAGCUUGCGUGCCUCAACCGGCCAUCCCCCCCAACGCCACCAUUUUCUCUCACAUCUACACCAUAAAGCUAGCAGGGGACAGCAGCACGGAGGGGGAAGAGGAAGGCACCUCCCACGCACUGCAGGAGGCCCGGGGACCCCCUGGCUCCUCUAGAGGAGGGGGCCUCUACGAGCACACCCUGGAAGGGCCAGAUCAGGAGCAUGUGGUUUUCACCCACCGCAUCAACCUGCCCCCACCGGCUUGCGGGUGCCCACCGGGCACCGAGGACACCCAAGAACUGCUGAGACGGCUGGAAGCACUGGAGAACGAAGUGCGGGAGCUUCGUGAAACCUGCCAAGCCGGAGGCAGCUGCUGUUCAGCACCAGCGAGCAUCCAAGCGAGCACAGGUCAGACAGACACGCGCACCUUAUGUUCGCACCACGGCUCCUUUGACCUCUCUCGUUGCCUCUGUGAAUGCGAACCGGGUUGGGGUGGCCCCACGUGUGCCCAGCCAGCCUGCCCGGGCGGGUGUGGUGGCCCACAACGGGGCAAGUGUGUGGAUGGUCGUUGCCAGUGCCGUCCCGGCUACUCCGGAGUCCAAUGUGAAGAGCCACCAUCCUGCCCUGAUGACUGUAACGACCAAGGCCGUUGUGUGGAUGGACGUUGCUCCUGCUUUCCAGGGUAUGUCGGCCCUUCGUGUGCCGACUCAGCCUGCCCCCAAGACUGCCAGGGUCAUGGCCAAUGUGUGUCAGGACGGUGCGUGUGCGAACCUGGCUACUCUGGGCCUGACUGUGGGACCCGUGCCUGCCCAAGCAACUGCAACCGACGUGGAGAGUGCCACGAUGGACGCUGUGUGUGCGAACCAGGCUUCACGGGCCCAGCCUGUGGCACCAAAUCUUGCCCCAAUGAUUGUAACCAGAGAGGACGCUGCCUGAAGGGUGGGGUGUGUUCCUGCCACAAAGGAUACACUGGCUCAGACUGUGGGCAGUUGGCAUGUCCAGAGGACUGCAGUGGACAUGGCGAAUGCCAGCAAGGGGUCUGCCAGUGCCAUGAUGGUUAUUCUGGAGAUGACUGCUCCAUAGAAAUCCCAUCCAUUGGCGUCCGUGUGUCCAGUCGAGAUGAAACCUCUUUCCGCCUGGAGUGGAGCCGUCCGGAGACAUCAGUGGAUGGAUAUGAGAUCCACGUGGCACCUGUGCAGAAUCACCAGGGAGGGGAAUCUGUACGCUUGUCCAGCACUGAGACCACCUUUGAACGCAAGGGAUUGGAACCGGGAAAGGAGUAUACUGUCACGAUCCGUGCUGAGAAAGGACAGCGCUAUGGGCCCCCCGUCAGCCAGACUGUGCGCACACGGGUGGCGCCUCCUCGAGGUCUGCGCCCAUCGGGGGCCACUGAAGACACCCUGACCUUGCAUUGGGAUCCACCCACCACCCGCCCUGAUAGCUACAUCUUAAGCUACAUGCCUGUGGCUGCCGCCCGGCCCUCCCAACCUCCCAGACGCCUGGAGCUGCCCGCAGAGCCUGAGAGCAUCACCUUGGAAGACCUGGAGAUCCGCACCCGAUAUCGCAUCACUCUGAUUGCCCGUCAAGCCGGCGAGAGCAGCCGACCCACCAGCGUCACUGCCAGCACUACCGUGCCUGUGCCGAGCAGAGUAAUCCACAUGUAUGCAACUCCGUCCCCGUCUUCUCAGCUGUACCCCGGCACUGUCUCCUCUGGUCGUGAGGCCGGGAAGCCAGGCCACAAGCCCCACCCGAGCCAUCCCUUGUCCAGCACCACCUCAUUAUCCAAUGAAUUCUCCCUGAACAUGAUUGUGCAAAACAUCUCAGCCACGCUCUCUUCAUUCAAUGGGACUCUCCUCGAACGCCUGGAGAGCUACGUCCGUACUACUAAGUACCCCCUUCGAAGCAAUCAGACCAUAGAAGGCGUGGCCAGAGCCAUCUACACCUACUUAAUCCAUCGAAAGCCAGUGGGGUUCCAAGAGAUGAUCUAUGAGCGCCUUGGAGAAGGGACCGAUGCUCCCACUCUGACAAACGGCCUUCAGGGUCAAAGUGUCUUCUCAAACGGGUACACUCGAACGGAGCACACCAAGCCAGCCGUGGUAGUCAGCUCCCCUGACAGCCUCGAAGUGUCCUUGGAUGGUGUGACGAAGCUCUCAGAUGAAGUGUUUAUCCACUACCACAAGGAGGGGAGUCGAGAGCGCGGGGAGUUAGUGGUGCCUGGGGGCACACCCACAGCCGUCAUCACAGGAUUGACUCCAGGCACAACCUACUAUGUGGAGAUUCACGGGGUGGUGAAAGGACGUUCUUCUAAGUCAUACUCCUUUGUAACCCGCACAGCUCCAGGUCCAUCUGCAACCAAGGUCCAAAGCACCCUGGGUCCCAUCACAACUCUUGAGGUGCCAGUAGGCAGCCUAAAUGUGACGGACGUCUUUCCAAACAGUCUCCGAGUGGUUUGGUCUGCCCCACCCAGUACCUUCCGCACAUUUUCCCUCCAGUAUAGGGACCCUAAAUCCAGUGCAACCCCAGGAGAAAUCAGAGUACCUGGGAGUGAAAGAAGUGUCAACGUGAUGGGUUUGAACCCCAGCACUGAAUAUGACCUGGAGUUACGUGGGGAGACACCUGAUGGGGUCCGCAGUGCUCCAAUAACAACAAAGGCAUCUACAGCCCCUGCAGCAGUGCCUCCGGAAAGGGAAAAGCCCAACCUUGGGACACUCUCUGUUUCAGAAGUCACAGGCAACUCUGCACGCCUCUUGUGGGACAGUCCCACCGGGACCUUUGACUCCUUUUUGAUCCAGUAUAAAGAUGCUGAGGGGAAACCAAAAGCACUGCCUGUGGAUGCGAACUCCCGGGAGGCCACUAUCACUGAUUUGGUACCCUCCCGAAAAUACAAGUUUAAUCUCUAUGGAUUUAUAGGCCGCAAGCGACUUGGUCCUGUCUCCACAGAGGCAGUCACAGCCCCAGGGGUGUCAGAACCAAAGACGGAACUGAUGGCAGCACCCAGCCUGGGAGAACUUAUCGCUUCAGAAAUCGCCAAGGAUUCUGUUCGUUUGUCUUGGAGUGUCCCUUCAGGGAGCUUUGAUUCCUUUGUGGUCCAGUUCAAGGAUGCUGAGGGCAGAGCCCAAGCUUUGCCUGUAGAGGGGGCCUUCCGCACAGUCACUGUCACCGGCCUGGCUCCUUCCCGCAGAUACAGGUUCAAUCUCUACGGCAUCACCAAUCGCAAACGUCUUGGCCCCGUCACUAAAGAUGUCACUACAGCAUCACAGGAGGAAGAGCCCCUAACUGUCCCUGAACCUGUCCUUGGUGACCUCUUGGUCUCAGAUACCACCAGCAACUCCGUCCGUCUCUUGUGGAGCGUCCCAGCGGGCAGUUUUGACUCCUUCAUGAUCCAGUACCAAGACCCAGAGGGCAACAGCCAAGCCCUGCCCGUGGGCCGUGAUUCCCUUGAGGUCACUGUUCCCAACUUAGUUCCUUCCCAAAGAUACAGGUUCAACCUCUAUGGCAUCUCUGGGCCACAGCGUCUUGGACCCGUCUCCACAGAUGCCACCACAGCACCGUCUCAAGAAACAAAGGAAGAGAGACCAGAGGAGGCGAGAGUAGUUCAGCCUAUCCUGGGGGAGCUUUCAGCCUCUAAUCCUACCAGCAAUUCCAUACAUCUCUCCUGGACUACCCGUAGUGGAAAAUUCGACUCCUUUCAGGUCCAGUUCAAGGAUGCCGAAGGCAAACCUCGCGCAUUGCCCAUGGAAGGAGACUCCCAUGAGGUCACCAUCCCCAACCUCUCUCCUUCCCACAGAUACAAGUUCAACCUCUAUGGGGUUUCUGGACGCAAGCGCUAUGGCCCCGUCUCUACUGAGGCUUUGACAGCCCCUGACACAGUUUCACCGGAGGAAAGAGUCCCUGUUCAGCCGAGCUUGGGACAGCUCUCAGUCUCUGAUACUACCAGUGACUCCGUCCUUCUCUCCUGGACCGUUCCUACUGGAAGUUUUGAUUCUUUCCUCAUUCAGUUCAAGGAUGCAGAGGGCAAGUCUCAGGCACUGCCUAUGGAGGGUGUCUUCCGCGAGGCCACUGUCCCUGACCUGGCUCCCUCCCGCAGAUACAAGUUCAACCUCUAUGGUUUCUCUGGCCGCAAGCGGUUUGGCCCAAUUUCUACAGAUGCCACCACAGCUGCAACAGCAACAUCUCCAGAGGUGACUACAGAGAGGGUUCCUGUUCAGCCUAGUCUGGAGCAGCUGGCAGCGUCUGACAUCACCAGCGACUCCCUCCGUCUCUCCUGGAUCGUUCGCACCGGGAAUUUUGAUUCCUUCUUGGUCCAGUACAAAGAUGCAGAAGGGAAAUCUCAGUCGUUGCCUGUGGAGGGGACCUUCCGCACACUCGUCAUCCAAAACUUGGAGCCCUCCCGGAGAUAUAAGUUCCACCUAUAUGGCCUUUCUGGCAACAAGCGAUUUGGUCCUCUCUCCGUGGAUGCUGUCACAGCACCCCCAGAAGAAACAGUGUCUCUGCAGCCUAGCCUGGGAGAACUCUCGGCCUCUGACAUUACUACCGAUUCUCUCCGCCUCUCCUGGGGCGUCUCUACAGGGAGCUUUGACUCCUUCCUGAUUCUGUACAAGGAUGCAGAAGGGAGACCUCAGUCUCUUCCUGUGGAUGGAGGUUCCCGCGAGGUCAUCCUUUCCAACCUUGGGCCUUCCUACAGAUACAAAUUCAGUCUUUAUGGCGUCUCUGGUCGCAAGAGAGUUGGUCCAGUUUCCAUUGAUGUUGUCACAGCUUCACAGAUGGUGAAACCUACACCACCCCUGAGGCUAGGAGAGCUGUUGGCCAACAACAUCACUCCCAGUUCCCUUGACCUGUCCUGGAAUGUUGAGGCGGGGAACUUUGAUUCUUUUAUCAUUCAGUACCGAGACGCUAAGGACCAACCCCAAGCUCUUUCCGUCGAUGGGGUCCUACGGUCUUUCUAUGUCCAUGACUUGGCUCCUUCUCACAGAUACAAAUUCAACCUCUAUGGCAUUUCAGGUCGGAAGCGUCUGGGCCCUGUCUCCACCGAAGCUGUCACAGCCCCUUUACCAACAGCUCCACCAGCCCAGCCCAGCCUAGGGGAGUUCUUGGUCUCUGACGUCACCAGCGAUUCUGUCCGCCUUUCCUGGACUGUCCCUACGGGAAGCUUUGACUCUUUUACAGUCCAGUACAAGGAUGCAGAUGGGAGACCCCAGUCAUUGCCCAUGGAUGGUGGAUCCUACGAGGUCACUGUCUCCAGUCUGGCUCCAUCCCGUAGAUACAAGUUCAACCUCUAUGGUGUCUCCGGACGCAACCGCGUCGGCCCCAUUUCCACUGAUGUUGUUACAGAUACGGAAAGAUACAAGUUCAACCCCUACGGAGUCUCUGGCCUCAAGCGUGUCAGCCCCGUUUCUGCUGAUGCUAUCACAGCCCCCUUACCAACAGCUCCACCAGCCCAGCCCAGCCUACAGGAGCUCUCUGUCUCUGACGUCACCAGCAACUCCGUGCGCCUCUCCUGGACCGUUGCCACAGGAACCUUUGACUCCUUCGUGAUCCAGCACAAGGAUGCUGAUGGGAGACCUCAGACAUUGCCUGUGGAUGGAGGGUCCCAUGAGGUCACCAUCUCCAGUCUGGCUCCUUCCCGCAGAUACAAGUUCAACCUCUAUGGAGUCUCUGGACGCAAGCGUGUUGGCCCCGUUUCCGCUGAUGUUGUUACAGCCCCCCUACCAACAGCACCCCCAGCCCAGCCCAGCCUAGGGGAGCUCUCAGUCUCUGACGUCACCAUCGACUCCGUGCGCCUCUCCUGGACCGUCCCCACAGGAAGCUUUGACUCCUUCACAAUCCAGUACAAGGAUGCGGAUGGGAGGCCCCAGAUGUUGCCUGUGGAGGGGGUCUUCCGUGAGGUCACCAUCCCCAGCCUGGCUCCUUCCCGCAGAUACAAGUUCAACCUCUACGGACUGUCUGGACGCAAGCGGUUCGGCCCUAUUUCUGCCGAUAGCAUCACAGCCCCCUUACCAACAGCCCCUCCAGGUCAGCCCAGCCUAGAGGAGUUCAGAGUCUCUGAUGUUACCAGCGACUCUGUCCGCCUCUUCUGGACCGUCCCCACAGGAAGUUUUGACUCCUUCCUGAUUCAAUACAAGGACACAGACAAACAGCCCCAAACGUUGCCCGUGGAUGGUGGAUCCCGCGAGGUCACUGUCCCCAGCCUGGCUCCUUCUCACAGAUACAAGUUCAACCUCUAUGGAGUCUCUGGCCACAAGCGGGUCGGCCCUGUUUCUGCUGAUGCUGUCACAGCCCCCUCACCAACAACACCGCCUCCCCAGCCCAGCCUGGGUGAGCUCUCUGUCUCCGAUGUCACUACUAACUCUGCCCGUCUCUCCUGGACUGUCCCCACGGGAUCCUUUGACUCUUUUCUGGUCCAGUACAAAGAUGCAGAUGGCAAAACACAGGCCUUGCCCCUCGAGGGAAAUUCCCAUGAGACCACAGUCUCCAACCUGCUGCCUUCCCGCAGAUACAAGUUCAACCUCUACGGUGUCUCUGGUCAGAAACGCCUUGGUCCUCUUUCUGCCGAUGUUGUCACAGCAUCACCUCCACAAGAACCUCCAAUCCCCCCCAGCCUAGGCAAGCUGUCUGCUUCUGAUAUCACCAGCAACUCUCUGCGUCUCUCAUGGUCUGUCCUCACCGAGGGCUUUGAGUCCUUCGUCAUCCAGUACAAGGAUGCAGAAGGCAAGCCUCAGGCCCUUCCAGUGGAAGGAGCCAUCCGUGAUGUCACUGUGCCGAAUCUCGUGCCUUCCCGCAGAUACAAGUUCAACCUUUACGGACUUGUUGGCCGCAAGCGACUUGGUCCCAUUUCCACCGAUGCCAUCACAGGUCAGGAAGAUGCAGUAAAGCCCAGUCUAGGAGAACUCUCAGUCUUUGAUGUCACCAGUGAUUCGUCUCGUCUCUCCUGGACUGUCCCCACGGGGAGCUUUGACUCUUUCCAGAUCCAGUACAAGGAUGCUGACGGCAAACCCCAGGCAUUACCCGUGGAGGGAGGGUCCCGCGAGGUCACCAUCACCAAUCUAGCUCCUUCCCGCAGAUACAAAUUCAAUCUCUAUGGCGUCUCGGGCCGCAAGCGUCUCGGGCCCAUUUCUGCUGAAGCCACUACAGCUGCAGCAAAUCAGGAGGAAGACAAGACCGAGGACGAGGAUGAGGAUGAAGAAGAGGAGGCGGGGAGACGUCAGCCUCGUUUGGGAGAACUGUCGGUCUCGGAGGCCACCAGCGAUUCUGUCCACCUUUCCUGGAGCGUCCCAACCGGAAAUUUUGACUCCUUCUUGGUUCAGUACAGAGAUGCAGAAAACAACCUACGGGACGUGCCAGUAGAGGGAGACUCUCUUGAGGCCACAGUCCCUAACCUGACUCCUUCCCACAGAUACCGAUUUGAGCUCUAUGGCAUUUUCGGCCAGGAACGGCUUGGCCCCAUAACUGUUGAUGCCUCCACAGCUCCCUUGGCUUCAAAGCAGGAGGUGGGAGACGGGACAGCCACGCCUCAGCCGCAGCCCGAACUGGGAGAGUUCUCUGUGUCUGACAUCACCAGUAGCUCCGUCCGCCUGUUUUGGAACGUCCCAUUUGGGAUCUUUGACUCCUUCUUGGUGCAGUACAAGGAUACCGAGGGCAAGCCCCAGUCGCUGCCUGUGGGCAAGGAGAUCAAUUAUGUGGUGAUAUACUAUCUGGUGCCUUCCUACAGAUACACGUUCAACCUCUACGGCAUCUCUGGACGCAAGCGCUUCGGCCCACUCUCGGCCACUGUCGUCACAGCAAAAUCUCAGGAGGAGACUGAAGUUAACCAAAAGGGGGGAACGGAAGAGGUCACCCCCGGAACUGAGCUCCGUCUGGGCAACCUCUCUGUCACUGAGGUCACCAGUAACACUGCCCGCCUCUCAUGGACCGUCCCUUCAGGAAGCUUUGAUUCCUUCUCUGUCCAGUACAAAGACGCUGAGGGAAGACCCCAGGCUAUUCCUGUGACAGGGGGAUCCCUCGAGGUCAUUGUCCCCAACUUGGCUCCCUCUCGUAAAUACAGAUUCAAUCUCUAUGGUAUUUCUGGACGCCAGCGGCUCGGACCCAUUUCAGUCAGCACUGUAACAGCUGCGACAACACCUGAACAGGAAGUGGACGAGGAGCCGGCACAAACAACAGGCCAGAGCAUUCGGUCCAGCCUCAGAGACGUCACCGUCUCUGAGGUCACUCCAGAUUCCCUUCUCCUCUCCUGGAGCGUUCAGGAGGGCAGUUUUGACUCUUUCCUCAUCCAGUACAAAGAUGCCACGAGGAAGCUCCAGGUGCUGCCUGUGGAUGGGGCCAUGCGCUCUCUCCACCUCUACAACCUCACACCUUCGCAGAGAUACGAAUUCAGUAUCUACGGGAUCUCUGGCCAUGAGCGUCUUGGGCCUGUCUCAGUUGAUACCGUCACAGCUCCAGAAAUAUCCCGGGGAGAGGCUGAUGUCCAGCCCCGCCUAGAAGAUCUUUCUGUCUCCAGUGUCACCAGCGAUUCUAUCAGUCUCUCCUGGACUGUCCCUGCAGGGAAAUUUGACUCUAUCUUGGUCCAGUAUAGAGACGCAAAGGGCAAGGCUCAGGUGGUGCCCUUAAAUGGCAAUUCCCGUAACAUUACGGUCCCUGACCUGGUUUCUUCUCGCCGAUACAAGUUCAACCUUUAUGGCAUUUAUGGCCACAAGCGCCUCGGUCCCCUCUCCAUUGAUGCAGUGACAGACUCAGGCACCCAAUCAGAAGAAGCUGUCCAACUCAGGCUCGGCGAACUGUCGGCCAGCGACAUCACUCCCGAAUCAGUCCUCCUCUCCUGGAUUGUCCAGGAUGGCAAUUUUGAUUCCUUUAUCAUCCAGUACAACGAUGCAGAGGGCAAGCCCCACGCCUUGCCAGUGGAUGGGGGAUUGCGCUCGCUGCGGCUUCACGACAUGACACCCUCUCACAGAUACAGGUUCAACCUCUAUGGAGUCUCCGGCCGCAAGCGCUUAGGUCCGAUCUCCACAGAGGCAGUCACAGCUCCCGCAGCUGCUGGCCAACUAGCCCCUCCACGUCUUGGUGAAAUCUCAGCCUCGGAUGCCACCGGCACAUCUGUCCGCCUGUCCUGGAGUGUUGCGUCAGGGAAUUUUGACUCCUUUACUAUCCAGUACCGAGAUGCAGAGGGCAAAGCCCAGACGUUGCGUGUGGACGGAAGCUCCCGCAACGUCACUGUCUCCAACUUAGCACCUUCCCGCAGAUACAAAUUCAAUCUUUAUGGCCUUGCUGGACGGAAGCGCCUUGGCCCCAUCUCCACUGAAGCUAUCACAGCUCGAAUGGAAGAGCCAGAAAAGCGUCCCAAACUGGGGGACCUCUCCAUCUCCGAGGUGACCAAGGACUCUGUCCGCCUCUCGUGGACCAUCGCUUUUGGGAAAUUUGACUCUUUCCUCAUCCAGUACAAGGACGCUGAAGAAAGGCCGCAGUCCUUGCCCACAGAUGCUGGCUCUCGCACAUUCGUUGUGUCUGGCCUUCUGCCUUCCCAGAAAUACAACUUCAACCUUUAUGGCAUUUCAGGAAGGAAGCAGAUUGGACCCAUUUCAAUAGAUGCUGUCACAGCUUUCCCAGAAGCCAUCAGUAAGCCGGUCACUCUGCUCAGGAACCUGGUCGUGUCCGACGUGACCCCCACCACUCUGCAGCUUGCAUGGGAAGUUCCCGAGGGACAGUGUGAUUCUUUCCGGAUCCGAUACAAGGAUUCCCUUGUGGGCAGUGGAAAGAGCCCCCCACCCCCUAAGGAAGUUGAAGUGCCCGGGGUUGAGCGCUCGACUGUGCUUAGGGACCUUGCACCUAACAAAGAAUACAGCCUCACACUGUAUGGCAUCAAGAAUGGAUUGGAAGUGGCCAGUAUCAACACCGCCGCACGGACAAGCGGGCUAGAGCUGGACAGUCCCCGGGACCUGCGGUUCAGUGACAUCCGCGAGACGUCCGUCAUGACGAACUGGAGGGCGCCAUCAUCUCGCAUUGACCGCUACAAAAUUUCCUUCCAGCCAUUGGAUGGGGGGGAGCCCAGAAGCAUCUCUGUGGACGGAUCCACAGUAAAAACGAUCAUCAAAGGCCUGACCCCCGGGACCAGCUACGAGGUCAGCGUGAUGUCGAUCCGGGGCUUUGAAGAGAGCGAACCCUUGGUGGGCUACGUCACCACAGUCCCUGACGGUCCUUCUGACUUGCGAGCCGUCAACGUGACCGAUUCCUCUGCUGUGCUGAUCUGGCAGCCUGCUGUGGCCGAGAUGAACAACUACAUCGUCACCUACGGACCUGCUGGUGGCUCCAGGGUCUCUGAAUCUGUGCCAGGAAACCGGGCUGAGCUGCGGCUGUCAGGGCUACAACUGGACACAGAAUAUCGGGCCAGCGUCUAUGGGGAGAAGGAAGGAAACCGUAGUUCUCCAGUCAGCGCCACUUUCACCACUGGAGCUGAUGGACCGCGGAAUCUACAGGCUAGCGAGAUCUCAGCACGCAGUGCUCGUCUUACCUGGUUACCACCCCGUGCUCCUCCUGGUGGAUACCUGCUAAGCUAUGAAACCCCAUAUGGAGAAACAAAGGAGAUCACUGUGGAUGCUUCUGUCACCUCCUAUGAACUCCAGGAUCUCUUUCCUUCCAGCCGGUACCAGGUUCAAGUCCAAGCGAUGAGAAGAGGCACACCAACAGCCCCCAUCUCGACCUCUUUCACCACUGGGCACCUGACAUAUCCUUUCCCUCGGGAUUGCGCAGAGGAGAGUUGGAACGGACUGAGGCCAUCUCGAGAAACAACCAUUUAUCUGGGGGGCGACCGGAACCGCGCCAUCCAGGCCUACUGCGACAUGGAGACCGAUGGUGGAGGCUGGCUGGUCUUUCAGCGCCGGAUGAACGGCAAGACCGAUUUUUGGCGUGACUGGCAGGAUUAUGCCACUGGCUUUGGCAACCGCUCCCAGGAAUUUUGGCUAGGGAACGAUGCUCUGCACCAGCUGACCACAUCAGGAGACUACGAGGUGCGUGUGGACCUCCGCUCCGAGAACGAGUCUGUCUACGCCCUGUACGACAGCUUCCGAGUGGACUCUCCAACGAAUUACUACCGCCUGCACCUGGGCAGCUACAGUGGCACAGCUGGUGACGCUUUCAGCUACCACUCCGGCAGCGUCUUCUCCACCCGCGACCGGGACCCCAACCGGGUCAUCAUUCCGUGCGCCGUGUCCUACCGGGGAGCGUGGUGGUACCACAACUGCCAUUACGCCAACCUCAACGGGCUCUACGCCAACAACCGUGACCACCAGGGCAUCAACUGGUUUAACUGGAAAGGGUUUGAGUACUCCAUCCCCUUCACCGAGAUGAAGCUCCGGCCCCGCGGCUUCCGACCCUUGAGGCGGGUGUAAGCGAAGGAGCCAGUUUGCCAAAAAAAAUGACUGACUGUGGGGAGGGAGGGAAGACACGACAUGGAGGAGAAAGAGGCGAGCAGGAAAAUCGCGCGACUUACCCCCUCCCUGCCGAGAUACCUCACGUUUUGCCUUAAUUUCCCCCCACCCGGAAAGGAUGGAAAACAACAAAGACAGGAAAUGGCAAAUGAUUGCAAAAGCAA